AUGUACCUGAGUGGCUUCUGGCAUUUCUAUACAAAUGUACCUUGUAAAAGAAAGGAUGUAGUAAGAGAUUCUGGCUCUGAGAGAGAAGAAAUAGAGAAAGAGAAAAAUCGAAAAUGGGUUUACGGCUAUUGGUUUAAAGUCAAAUACAUGCGACGAAUCGCAGAGAGACACAAACUCGACUGGCAGAAACACGGUUCUAAGCUGGUCAACAAAUUCGUGACCUCACUCGUAUAUUCGACUGGCAUCUUCUUUAGUGCACAUGCUGCAAUAUACCAGGGUCAACCUGCAUUGAUUCUUGCCUUUGCUGAGGACGAUAACAGACGAAGUUUGGACUACAUCGAGUUUUCCAAGUCGGAGAUAGACAAGAUACGAAGGGGAAUUGGUCUCCCGGCUGGGACGAAGCCGAGAUGGUAUGAACUUAGCGGAAGGGAGACUGAUCCAGAUGAAGAAGUCGAAAGCGAAGAUGAGAGCUUUCCUGAUGAGACUGACAAGACUGUCAAAGAAGCUUCUCGUUCCCGCAAUAUUCCCGAUCAUGUACGGGAGUAA